AUGAGGCAGGGCAUACAGACAGACAGACGCAACUUCGCUUUGUACAAUAAAACAGUGGACAAGGUUUUUCAGAUCUUCCCACCCAAAGUCAAUUUCACAAGAUCCAGCCCUGACCUUUGUAGAACUUGUGCUGUGGUUGGGAAUUCUGGUAAUCUCAAUGGAUCGCAUUAUGGACCACUGAUAGACUUUCAUGAUAUUGUCAUAAGAAUAAACCGUGGGCCCACAAAAGGCUUUGAAAGAGAUGUUGGAAACAAAACAACAUACCAUGUGAUGUAUCCAAGGAGUUUCAAAAAUUUGGACAACACCACACAUCUUGUGUUUUUUCCAUUCAAAAUUUACGAUCUACAGUGGCUUAUCCGGUCUUUUACUCAAAGGUAUGUGUGUAUUACAAAGGACCCUAAGAGCCUUCAUCAGGAGCUCAAUGGGGAUGUGGUGGACAACACUCACCAUCAAGUGCGGGAUCUGUCCCCACUACUGUUCUGCAUAGGCCUGAACCCCCUCAAGGACAUCAUGGACAAGACUGGCUACAGAUACAGACUACGGAAUGGAAUAGUUGUCAGCCACCUCCUGUACAUGGAUAACAUCAACCUUGCUCGUAAAGCGGAGGUUAAGGACGCUUUGUGUGCAGGGCUGGUGGAACACCCUUUCUGCCCCAAAGGCAGCUGUAGAGCAGCUUGGCGGUGGGGUGUGAGGGUGGCGCCGGAGACUGAGCCGGAGCCGGAUGCCAAAGGGCCUGUUAACAUGCUCUCGGCUGAGGUUGAGUCUGAUGCAGCUGAGGUGGACUCUGAUGCUGCUGCGGCGGAGUCUGAAGCAGCUGAGUCUGGUACAGCCGGGGAACUCCUGGCGGGGCGGUCUACGGAGGAUCUCCGUUUGACCCUCCGUAUAAGGGAGGUGGUGGAAACCCAUGCUAAAGAGCUUGAGGUACAAGCAAUGCACCUGCGUGUCAGAGCUUUGGAGCUGGAGCGAAAGCCCUCCACAUCUGCCUCUAGUCAUCCUAGUACAUCCACCGCUGUCUCGACAGGUUUUGACAUCACUAAGCACGUUAAACUGGUUCCCCCGUUUCGUGAGGCCGAAGUGGACUCCUAUUUUAACGCUUUUGAGCGUAUAGCGGCCGCAUUAAACUGGCCGAAGGAGUUUUGGCCACUGUUAUUGCAAUGCAAACUGGUUGGCAAAGUCCAGGAGGUGUGUACCAGUUUAUCAAUUGAAGAUAGCCUAGAUUAUGACAUCAUGAAGAAGACUGUGUUGCAGGCAUAUGAGCUUGUCCCAGAAGCCUACCGUCAAAAAUUUAGGAAGUGUGCAAAAACUGCCAAUCAGACGUUUGUGGAGUUUGCCCGUGAAAAGAUUCGCUUGUUUGAACGAUGGUUGCAGGCCAGUAAAGUAAAGGAUCUUGAUGGGCUGAAAGAGCUUCUUUUGCAAAAAGAAACUGCUAAAUCAGGUUUGAAAACUAACACGGAUAUGGUGAUGAUCCUCAGCCCUGCUUUCAUGAAAUAUGUCCAUUAUGUUUGGCUAAAAAAGCAUGGGAGGUAUCCAUCCACUGGCUUUCUGACUUUAGUUCUCAGCUUGUACUUGUGUGAUGAGGUUGAUGUGUUUGGAUUUGGAGCAGACAAGAAUGGAAACUGGAAUCAUUACUAUGAGCAAAUCAAAAACAAACGUCUGAAAACUGGACAACAUCCUGGAAGGGUGGAAUAUCAAUAUAUCAAGAAACUUCAUAAGCAACAGAAAAUUCAUUUUUUCAGAGGAUG